UUGACUGCGAUCAAGACGAGGAAAGGGCGACAAUUCCGGAACCGCCAGCCACACCGAGACCGUCAACUCCAACACCGCCUGUCACUCCACCAAGGUCAAUCUCAAAGCAAUUUGCAGCUCAGAGAAAAUCAAGGCCGACUGGGAAGCGAAAAAUCAAACGACUCUACCAAACUCAAGUCUACCUCUGGCAGAAAAAUGAGUUCCAAAACUAAACGCCACCGCUGCAACAUUUGUCGCAGAACGUUCUCCUCCAAAGCUGGCCUGACCCGUCACGGUUUCAUCCAUCUCACCGAAGAAGAGAAGACCGUGGUGAAGCAGAAUUGGAAACAUGUGUGUUUCUUUUGCCAGAAGAGGUUCUCCGCAGAAUCUGAUUAUCAUGUUCACCUUGUCACCCACACGAAGGAGAAGACAUUUUGGUGCGACCAGUGUGGAAAGCAGUACUGCCAGAGGGGUCCUUUAGGGGUGCACAAGCGCAGCCACAGCGCCAACCCAAGACCAUUCAAUUGCGAAGAAUGUGGCCAAGCUUUUACCACCAAGCAAUCUAUGCUCAUCCACAAAAAAUCAGUUCACAAGAAGCUGAAGGACGUAGACUGUCUCCAAUGCCCCAAGAAGUUCAGCACCAAGGGGAACAUGGUGGAUCAUCUGAACAGCGUUCACCUCAAAAUUCGGCACCCCUGUCCCCACUGCAAUAAGUCAUUCUCAAGAAAAGGGAAGCUUAGAAAACACCUGAAGAAGAUUCAUCCCUAAAAUGUAUCCAACAAUCCUUCUGCCAAAUGAAGCUGCAGAUCAACUAAUGUUAAUGUUGUCGAAUUGGAAAUAUUGAAAUAUUGAUGUCAUUUAAAUUUUUUGUAAUAAGUUUUUUAAUAAUUUUUUUUAAGAAGUUAAAAAAUUAAGUUAAAAGGUUAAAAAAUUUGUUACUGGUGGAAUAAUGAAAUCUCAUCAAAUAAAAAAUUCUCAUUAAAUAAUUCUGAUCAGUCAAUAAUGUCUCCCCACUUUUGUGACAAAUCGAUGAAAUCCAGCUUUUCUCCUCACCAAGUUUGCUUUUCCUCCUAGUGAAAAUUCAUUUUAUUUUUUGAAUAGUUUAGUUUCGCCUCGUAAUCCUAGAUUGAUUCAAAGUUGCAAUUCCCCGUGGCAAGAUGCACUUGACUCGAUCGCACUUGACUGCUCUGAAAUUUGUUGCAUCUUGACU